AUUUUGUGUCGCUGGUUUCCGCUUUGGUUUCCGGGUCCGACCGCGACGGUUUUUGUUGUACGUGGGUGGUGCCCGCAGGUAGAAUAUCAGUAGAUAAUAAAAACCCGUUUAUCUUAACGUGACGUAGUUGAAUCGACCUUUCUCCCUCUUCUCUUGCUUUUUCUCCUCUUUCUCCCUCUCGGCCCGGGAGUCACCGCGAACCUCCACUCCCUGCAUCCGUCGUUUCAAAUUAAAAGCCCUCAGCAGAGCCGUGCGCCUGCAUGGCAUUGCAACGGCCGCAACAACUUGGCGGAAACACCGCCGUGCCUCCUCGCUUAGCUGACAUCCGUACAAGAAAUCCCCCUUUGAGUGAUCUAUCAUGGCAUCAAACGAUCUUCGGGAUGCCGGUGCUGUCCUUUCAGCCGACGGCGAGAAACAACAACCGAGCACCGGCCGCAGCUGUCAGGCGUACGUUUUACCUGUUACCUGCCGGUGCUACUGCUACUGCCACCACUGCUGUCUCUUCUCUUCAGGUUUAAAUGUCGGUCGUAUUCGCGGGAUGAUAAAAUGUUCUGAUUCACCCUGCAAGCGAUGAAUGAAACGAGCACCGAGGGGACCGGACCGGCGGAGGCUCUGUUGACUGCGGGCUGCCGAGCCCCGCUUGUCGGGCUGGACGGAGGAUGGAGCCGAGGGUGAGCGGGGAUGGCAAGCCGUCCGUGUCAUGGCUCCUCCUGGUCCCUGCUCUCAUCUUCUCCCUCUUGGCUGUGUUAGUGAGCUGCCAUGGGACCUGCAAACACCGAGCCCCGCCUCCCGACGAGGUUGUCCAUCACGUUUACUUGAAGCCUGAGCGUUUGACUAAGAGAAGCUCUCCUGACGACCUUCAGCUGAAGAUAAAGAUCAUCUAUGACUACAGUGUUGACCAGCUUCCUGCAGACAAGAGGAGACUAGUGAAGGAUAAACUGUUUCCUCAGGCCAUCGACUACCUGCAGAGGGCUUUCAGUGUGAGGCGCAGGGUGGGGCCCGUGCUGCUCAGCAGACAAUGUGCAACCAACCAGUACCUGAGGAAAAGAGAUGACCCCCAUCGCUACUGCCAGGACGCCUGCGCAGACGUCACCCGGUGCGGCCCUGUCAUCGUACCACAGCACCACCUGCAGCAAUGCAAGGUGUGCGGUGAGUCUGGGAAGUCAUGUGGCCCCUCAGGACAGCCAGAUGGCCCCGGAGUGGAGGGGUCCGACUUUGUGCUCUACGUCAGCGGUAUCACCACAGAGCGCUGUGGACAGGAGAACAUAGUGGCCUACGCUGCUUACUGCCAGCUGGAGGCAGAGCUGGACAGACCUGUAGCAGGCUAUGCCAACCUGUGCCCUGCUAUGAUCUCCUCUCAGCCUCAGGAGUUUGAAGGGAUGCUCUCCACCGUCAAACAUGAGAUCAUCCACGCUCUGGGGUUUUCAGCAGGUCUGUUUGCCUUCUACCACGACGAUGAGGGCAAACCUCUGACUCCUCGCUUCGCCAGCGGCCUGCCCGCCUUCAACGAGAGCCUGGGCCUGUACCAGUGGAGCGAGGCUGUGAUCAGGAGGGUCAGCAGGCUGUGGGACAUCAGAGGAGGGGUGAUGGUCCGACACCAGGUCCACGUCCUCGUCACUCCUCGUGUCGUGGAGGAGGCCAGGAGACAUUUUAACUGUCCCAUCCUGGAGGGAAUGGAGCUGGAGAACCAGGGAGGGACGGGGACUGAACUGAACCACUGGGAGAAGAGACUGCUGGAGAACGAGGCGAUGACGGGCUCCCACACCCAGAACCGGGUGUUUUCUCGGCUGACGCUGGCCAUCAUGGAGGACAGCGGCUGGUACCGAGCCAACUACAGCCUGGCUCAGAGGCUGGACUGGGGCCGCGGCCUCGGCUGCGACUUUGUCAUGAAGAGCUGCAAGUUCUGGAUGGACAGACAGAGACAGAGGCGACACGCUGUGACCCCGUACUGCGACACGGUGCGAGCCUCUCCCCUGCAGCUGACCUGCAGACAGGACCAGCUGGCUGUGGCCGUCUGCAACCUGCAGAGAUACCCACAGGAGCUGCCGCUGGACUACCAGUAUUUUGAACGGAUCCCGGAUGUGGCUGACGACCAGCUGUCGUUCUUCGGGGGAGCUGUGGAGAUCGCCGACUACUGUCCCUUCAGCCAGGAGUUCAGCUGGCACCUCAGCGGAGAAUAUCAGAGGAACUCCUACUGCAGAGUGUCUGAGAACCAGCCAGACUUGUGGAGGAAUUACGGAGCCGAGCAGUACGGACCGGACUCCGUGUGUCUGUACCAGAGGUCAGCGUUCGUUAUGGAGCAGUGCACCAGGAAGAUGACGUACCCUGACUGGGGCUCCGGAUGCUACAAGGUGCUGUGCUCAGCUCAGGGCCUGACGGUGUUCGUUCAGGAUCGCUCCUUCCUCUGCGUCCGUAAAGGUCAGCUGCUGAGCGUCAGCGUUCGAGUCAACGACUGGGUUUACAACGGCGUCCUGAUCUGCCCCGCCUGCGCCGACUUCUGUGACGACUGCCCUCUCCCCCACCAGCUCCCGCCCGUCAAUACCUCCAGGAGUAACCCCAUUGACCCCUGCUCCAGUUGUCCGGGUCUGGCCAUCGCUCUGUGGCUCCUGCUGCUCCCCCUGCUCCCCCUAGUGGCUGGACCGCUGCCCGGCCACUGCAGCUGAUAAAACACUAAAACACCAAGGACCUCCACUCUUUCAUUCCUCUUUUUCCGAACUGAGGAUGAACUGUAUCUUCGUCUCUCAUCACUGUCAGGGAUCUUUGUGCUGAAGCUCCAUUCAGGUGUCAGUCCAGUGCAGCGUACACUUUAUCUUCUGGAACCUCCGGUUUUUAACUUCAGAUCAUUUCUUUGGCCCGAGACGGCGGACUGGACACUUUCCGUCUGUUUUUUUGGCCCAUGGUGCAGCAGAAAACCUGAAGGAUUCAUUCUGGUUUCCUCCAAGAAAAUUCACAACUUCAACUUGGGAUCAUCCUGCUUCAUUAAAUGACUUUUUUUUUUCUCUAAUACCCUCGAAGAGACAUGAGACUGAAGAUCACGAGGAACCGACCGUGGAUCAUCCCAGUUCGAAGCCAGUUUUCUUUGUCACCGCGGCUUCGUAAAAAGUUGGAUUGCAGGAUUGUUCAUGACAGUUUAGGAAUUAGAAAGUCACAGGUAUAUGUAGGGCUUUAGGGCUUUAAAGCUACUUUUUAUUGUACUUUUAAGCUGAAAGAGCAGUCUUCUUCCUCUGAGUGAAACAAGAUAGGGAUCUCUGCAGUUUGGUGACCCCCGGCGGCAGCAGGAGAUAACUGCUUCAAUCUUUUUAAGUUUGACGGAUCUUUUGGCCAGAAAACCUGUGCUGUAAAUAUAAAUGUGACACUUUCCUGAGAUGCUUUUCCUGUGUUUUAGAGGCAGGCGGGGGUGAAACUGGUGGAAAAGGUCUCCCAGCCUCCUCCUGACAGGUCACUACUUUAAAUUAAUUACUGAUUCUUUUCCUGAGCAAAUUUCAUGUCACAUUAAGACAAAUGGGAUCAGUCUGUGGCAGUUCAGUCGCAGGGAUCGGCCAUUGUUGGAAUUUAGUGAUAAGUCCGGUGUGUUUUCAUUUAAGAAUCUGUUGGUACGUCACUGUGAGAUCCACACACAGACAGAAAGAACUGGGUGCUUGGGUCGUCGGGUCCCUUCUAAAGUUAUUAUGUAUAUUGGCUAAAAUAAUACCAAAAAUAUGUUUAAUGGAUGUACACGCUAGGGAUGUCCUGAUCCUGAUCUGGGUCCUUUAAUAUUGUGUAUCUGCUGAUUCUGAGUCAGAUCUGACACUUACAGGUAUAUUCACAUAAAAGCUUAUUAAAUAUAAGCAUUUUAUAUCUAUAUAAAAACACACAUAAUCACACACAUUGAAAUAACAGCUCUAGAUACUAAAUGCGAGGCUUCCUAUUUUUCAUGAGCUCCUUGAUUCAAGUACUGACG